AUGUUAAGUAAACAAGAGCGUUAUCAAGGUACUAAAGAUGUGUCUGAAUGUGAAAUGAUCGAAAAGAAAGUUCUAUCAGUGAUACAAAAAUGGCUCGAUUAUCAAGAUGCUGAAGACUUACAAUCUGUUGUACUUUAUGCUGUUUUACAACUGACUAUCGAAGAUUCGAAUAUUCGUGAUUCGAUCGAUAUCAUUAAGAAGAUGUUUGUUAUCGAUAAUGAAUUUGGUUUGAAAUCUAUUAUAGGACACUUACUCAGCACUCAACUUUUCGAUUCAAAUAUUGUCCAUGAAAUUGCAGUUUUGUUACGUGAAAAUGUUCGUUUUUCUUCGAAGAUCUAUAUUUGUAUUAGUUGCAAAGAAAUGCUACAAUUAUCUCUGACUUUGGAAAUGGAAUUAGUUGUCUCAAAUAUGCGCCAAUUAUCUAAUGCUUCCACUGGUCGAUAUUGA